CUUUUGCAUGUUGCCGAUAGCAUUAAAGACUGUGGCCCUUGUUGGGUAUCGUGGCAAUAUCCCAUGGAGCGAUUGUGUGGAAUGCUAUUGCCCCUAGUGCAUUCCAAAUUACAUCCAUAUGUUAAUUUAGCAAAUAAUGUAAUGCUUAUGGAGAAGAUUAAUUAUUUGUCAUAUAUUUCAGCAUCCAAA